UCUGCCUUCAUACCGGAUUUGUUUUACCUUUUCCUUUGGCGUAAGCUACAUACUUUGGGCAUUGAUCCGUUGGGUUGCAUGUUCAAUUAUUUUAUGGGCGUUUUAUGUAGUUUAGUUGGUAUAGGUCUUAUAUUGGUAAUGCUACUCUUCUGUGGACACUAUACACAAUUCAUAUUGGUUGCAGCUGGUGCUUUCAGUGUUUGCUCUGGUGUAUUUCAUUUGAUGAAUGCAUUUAUGUGCCAUAAAAUGUUGCCCAAAUCUGAGAG